AUGGUUUCUCACAAUUCUUCAAUGAGAGCAAUUGUUCUUCAUGGUGUUAAAGAUUUAAAAUUUCACAGCGAUUAUCCGGAGCCGCAGCUACAAUCUCCAACAGAUGUCAAGAUAAAGGUUGAUUAUUGCGGUAUCUGCGGCUCUGAUUUGCACGAAUAUUUGGAUGGGCCAAUUUUCUUUAAAAACAAACGAAACGAAAUCUCCAAUAAGGAAAACAUACAAUGUAUGGGUCAUGAAAUGUGUGGAGAAAUUGUGGAAUUGGGCGCCAAGGUGAACCCAGAAUACAAAGUUGGCCAGAAAGUGGUGGUGGCGCCAACCGGAACUUGCUUGGAUCGACCUCGGUUUCCUGAUGCACCCAACGCAAAGAAGCAGCCCUGCAAUGCAUGUAGUGAAGGAUCAUAUAAUGCGUGCGACUAUAUUGCGUUUACCGGAUUGGGAUUCGAAGACGGCGGAUUUGGCGACUACUGCGUUGUGGGCGACAACCACAUUGUGCCGUAUCCACCAUCGGUGAUUCCGGUGGACGUGGCGGCAUUGAUUGAGCCGCUUGCAGUUGCAUGGCAUGCAGUGCGCAUCGCUAAGCUAAAUGAGGGCGAACUGGCGUUGGUGCUUGGCGCGGGACCCAUUGGUCUCGUGAUGAUUCUUGCGUUAAAAGCACACAAGGCCGGAAAUAUUGUCGUGAGUGAGCCGGCAGAAGCUCGCAGAAAGUUGGCAGAGUCUUUUGGCGUGCAGACUUUUGACCCCACAAAUUACGAAUCGGUAGACCAGUCGGUUACCGCGCUUAAAAAGUUGACCAAUGACGGAUUUGGCUUCCACCAUUCUUUCGACUGUUCCGGCAUUCCGGUCUCGUUCGAGGUUUCUUUGAAGGCAUUACGAACCACCGGAGUAGCCACCAACGUUGCCAUUUGGCCGGAAAAACCGGUGGAUUAUUUUCCCAUGGAAAUCACAUUGCAUGAAAGAACCAUCAAUGGAUCCAUGUGCCAUACUCGUGAAGACUUUGUAAACGUUGUCAAGGCAUUCGAAGCCAAACUUGUAGACAUUGACCAGGUGAGAACUCUAAUAACCGGAAUUGUGUCGGUUGAAGACGGAAUAGAAAAGGGCUUUAACGAGCUUAUCAACCACAAGGAGAAACACAUCAAGAUACUUGUAUCACCACGUUAUGCUAAUUAA